CUCGGGCUCCUGCCUGCCCCGGCGGCACCAUGCUGGCGCCGCUGCCUGCCCGCGCCCGGCAGGAGGAGGAUGCCCCGCGCCCGCGAGGAGCCCGCCCGGCAGGAUGGUGACAGCCUCCGCCAGCGGCAGGAGCCGGGACCGAGCGCUGCUGCCGCCUCCUUCUCCUCUCCCCGCAGCCUGGGCUGCCGCUGCUGCUCCAGCCCGGCCCGGCUCCGGCAGCUGCGUGGCGGCGGCCGCGGCGCUGCUGCUGGCCGGGCUGUGCGCCCUGUGCUACGGCAACUCUCUGCGGGGCGAGUUCGUGCACGACGACGUGUGGGCGAUCGUGAACAACCCGGACGUGCGGGCGGCGGCCCCCUGGGCGGGCGUCUUCGCCAACGACUUCUGGGGCAAGGGCAUGGCCGAGAACACCAGCCACAAGUCCUACCGCCCCCUCUGCGUCCUCACCUUCAAGCUAAACAUAUUGUUGGCUGGUAUGAACCCAUUCUAUUUCCAUGCAGUGAAUGUAAUUUUACACUGUCUAGUGACUCUUGUCCUGAUGUAUACGUGUGACAAAGCUGUAUUCAAGGAUGGUCGACUAGCUUUUGUCACGGCUCUCUUCUUUGCUGUGCAUCCUAUUCACAGUGAGGCUGUAACAGGUAUUGUAGGCAGAGCAGAUGUCUUAGCCUGUCUACUGUUUCUGUUGGCUUUUCUCUCCUAUAAUAGGAGUGUGGAUCAUUUUUAUGUUGGGGAACAUUUCCCUCCCACUGCCUCUCCAUUCUUCUUGCUGCUUAGUUUAUUUCUUGGGACCUGUGCAAUGCUGGUGAAGGAAACUGGAGUCACUGUGUUUGGUGUGUGCUUGGUUUAUGACUUGCUUUUCCUGUCCUACAAUAGACUUAGACUGAGAAAUGGAGGGGUGCAUCAGAGGUUCGCACGGCAGCCUGCGGCUUCUCCAUCUGCUUCGCUGCAGAUUCCUCCAUCCAGCAGGGAGAAUGGGAAGCACCGGUUUGCUCACAAAGGGACCUGGAACUCAUGCCACCCUGCAUCACCUGAAGAGCAACGGAGCAGCAGCCUUUCUGUCUCAAACAAUGCCAUGUGGGCUAUUCUUAGCUACCUGACGGCAAGUAACAACCAGAAUUUCUUGUAUACUGCAAGGCCAUUUUUGAAGAGGGCUGCUUUAGUAAUAAGUUAUGUGAUUCUUGUUUUAUAUUUCCGUUUCUGGAUAAUGGGAGGUUCCAUGCCAAUGUUUUCAGAACAGGACAAUCCAGCUUCAUUCUCACCUUACUUACUUACAAGAUUUCUAACUUAUUCGUACCUCCUGGCCUUCAAUUCCUGGCUUCUGCUAGCACCAAUUACUCUGUGCUAUGACUGGCAGGUUGGGAGUAUUCCUUUAAUUGAGUCGAUAUGGGAUGUGAGGAAUUUAGCUACAGUUCUCCUGGUGGUGGUUAUGAUAUUACUCAGCUUACAUUGCAUAACAGCAUUCAAGAAACUGGAACAUAGAGAAGUUUUAGUUGGCUUGUUGUUCCUGGUUUUCCCAUUUAUCCCAGCCAGCAACCUCUUCUUCAGGGUGGGGUUUGUGGUGGCAGAGCGAGUCCUUUACAUGCCAAGUGGAGUACCAGAGUCUAUCAGAGAGCGUUCUGCGGUCAAAAUUGACUUCUGCUGCAUCAAUCGCAGCAAUGUCGAUCCCUGUAUGGGGUACUGUAUCCUUUUUGUCCAUGGUUUGAAAAAGCUCUGUGCCUGGUUAAAUAGAUGGGGAGCUACUGCCCUGACCCUCUCUGCUUUGCUGCUGCUGCUGCUGUUCUCUUGGAAAACUGUGAAACAGAAUGAAAUCUGGUUGUCAAGAGAAUCCCUCUUCAGCUCAGGUGUGCAGACUCUGCCCCAUAAUGCCAAGGUGCACUACAACUAUGCCAAUUUUCUGAAAGACCAGGGUCGUAACAGUGAAGCCAUCUAUCACUACAAAACUGCCCUCAAAUUGUAUCCUCGUCAUGCGAGUGCCCUGAACAACCUCGGCACGUUGACCAAAGACUUGGUGGAAGCAAAGGAAUACUACAGAAGAGCUCUUCAGUUAAACCCACAGCAUAAUCGAGCUCUCUUCAAUCUUGGAAAUCUGCUCAAGUCCCAAGGGAAGAAAGAGGAAGCUGUGUUCUUAUUGAGAGAUUCCAUUAAAUACGGUCCAGAGUUUGCAGAUGCUUACUCAAGCCUUGCUUCCCUGUUGGCUGAACAGGAACAAUUUAAAGAAGCCCAGGAGGUUUAUCAGGCUGGGAUAGAGAAUUGUCCAGAGAGCUCUGAUCUGCAUAAUAACUAUGGUGUUUUCUUAGUUGAUACUGGGGCUCCUGAGAGAGCAGUGUCCCACUACCAGCAGGCCAUCUGGCUCAGCCCAAACCAUUACGUGGCCAUGGUGAACCUAGGCAGGCUCUACCGCUCUCUGGGGCAGAACAAAGAGGCUGAAGCUUGGUACAAACGAGCGUUGAAAGUAUUGAGGAAGGCGGAAAUUCUGUCCCCACUGGGAGCUCUCUACUACAAUACGGGGCGGUAUGAAGAAGCUUUACAGGUUUACAGGGAAGCCGCAGCACUGCAGCCUUCAAACAAGGAGAUUCGACUGGCCCUGGCACAGGUUUUAGCAAUGAUGGGACAAACAAAGGAAGCUGAAAAAAUGACUAACCAUAUUGUGACCGAAGAGGCCGAGUGCCUAGAAUGCUACCGCCUUUUAUCAGCAAUCUACAGCAAGCAGGAGCGUUACAGCAAGGCCCUUGAAGCUAUAGAUAAAGCUCUGCAGCUAAAACCAAAGGAUCCAAAAGUCAUAUCGGAGCUCUUUUUUACUAAAGGAAAUCAGCUAAGAGAACAAAACCUUCUUGACAAGGCUUUUGAGAGCUAUAAAGUGGCUGUGGAGCUGAAUCCAGAUCAAGCUCAGGCAUGGAUGAACAUGGGAGGGAUUGAGCAUAUCAAGGGAGACUACAUCAAUGCACGUAGCUAUUACAAGAAAGCUUUACAGCUGGUUCCAAACAGCAAGCUGUUGAAGGAGAAUCUGGCUAAACUGGAUCGCUUAGAGAAACGAUUGCAGGAAGUCCAGGAGAAAGAUCAGACGUAGCUAGUGGAAGGAGCUUCGUGCCCCUUGCAGAAGAAAGAGAAGUGGAAGCCCAUUGGCAGAAGUGACACAGGAGGAGCUGUGAUGUGACUCAGAAUUAAGGAGGGCAAAUUUGGGGCGCACAUUUGUGCAUCACCAAAGUUGCCGGAGACCCUUCAUUUCUAUAGGGUAUGCUGAAGAAUGAGUGAAAACCCUGUUUUAAUCAAGAUUUAUGUUUGGGUUGGAUGCAUAUCACUUGCCAUUAGUGCUGUAAGUGGGAGAUGCACCUUUGAUGUCCUGGUCUCUCACUUCCCAAGCUGGGUGGGCUGUAGAGGCAAAGUUCUCAUCCACUGGCAAGGGAUGGAGCAGUGCCUCUUGUUAGUCAACAUUCACCCACUUAAGGAGUACUAUUAAUAGUCUCUAAAGCAUUCCCCAUAAAGUCCUCCUCAGCCAGGACAAUGGUGACAAUUAUCAGCAGAGAGCAUCAAAAGUCGUUACAAGGUUAAAGCUGGGAGAAAUGGUGGCCAUUUUUAGGUCUCCAACAAUGACUUGAAAAUGACCCCAAGGAAAUGGAGAAUUAUGUCUGGACAUGGCUGUCUCUGAAAGUGAUGAUUCUCUGACUAGGGCUGUUUUUGAGGAAAAACCUCAGUUGAAUGUUUUACUCGGAAGAUAAUCAUUUUUGUAACUAUUCAAAUUCAUGAUAUCACAGAAUUGUCAGAAAUCACAUGACUUUUUUCACCCAAUCAGAAUUAUAAUUUCUAUGAAGAAAUUGGAACUGUCCAAUGGAAAUGUGGAAUUCUUUAAUGGGUCCACCUCCCUCCCUUCCUCCCUCUCCCCCUUCCCCCCCCCAAAAUCUAUAUUUUUAAAUAUUGAGUGGAAGGGCAAGUUUGCUUCAGAAUAUGGACAUUUAUUUUUGAGCGUUAUUUAUUUUUAACUUAUAAUAAAAUGUUUAAUAUAUUUUACUCUGUUUAUAAGAGUUGGACAACAUCCCUCACAGCUAGCAAUGUGGCCUGUGAUUGUUGCUUUUAUUGUAUAAAGUUAGAAAAUACGGCACCACAAGGCUGUGUUUGAAUAAUUGUCCCUGCUGAUAUUUCUAAAGCAAUUGGAUGUUGGACCAAAUUUUCAUUACAGCAGUGCCACGCCCAUUGAUAUGUAGGGUUGCACCAGUUCAGCUGAGAUGAGCAUUUGAUCUGUUGUUAUAGUAGAGGUAUCUGAGAAGGUUAGAUGGGGCAGUGUAGUGAUAUUCUGCCCUUUCACUCUGGACAGCAGCUCAUCUCACAAGUUUAUUGUUUUCAUCUUAGCCCCCAUCAUGAAACCAUCAUACAGUUUUUUUCAGCCUGAUUGCCAUGUCUUUGCUGAAGAGAAGCCCAGGUCAUGGAAUUAAUAGCGGGUGGUUCAGGUUGGGACUGAAGUGCAUUGAUACAGCUCGGUCAGGGAAAUCUUGCAUGGCAAUGGCACAUGGCUUUAACCAGUGCUAAUAGGGUGUCACUAUCGUGAGCUCUAAAUGCACUCAGGAGUAAAUUAAAGAAGUUUCCAUAGUUAAGCAUAAUCAUGUGAUGAUGUGGGUCUGUCUGCUUUAUUUAGGAGGUUUGAUUUCUAAUUGCCACUUUUUGUAGGUAAAAUCACAGACAUGAAAUAAGAGUUUAGAAAUCAACAGGGUACCACCCAAGCACAGGGCGGGUUCAGUGGAUCCAAUGGUAGGAUUGAAGCAUAACCACAUAGGGAUCUGUUCAGUACCGAGGUGAUGCUGAAGAGUAUUAAUUUGGCUCCUGCACAUAGCCAGGUGAUUCUUUUUUGAGUUCUUGCUCAUAUAUGUUCCACGUAAGAUUUUUCCCUCAGUGGUAUCUGUUGGGCCAGCUCGAGUGCCCUUUGGUGCCACACCCUCUCAGUUCCUUCUUAUCACCCAUGAUGGUUGCUGGAACAACUCCUCUUGCUUCGGCAAGGCAUUUUUCAAUGGUUUCUUCUCUGUAUCCUUGUUUAUUAGUCUUAGUAUAGUUGUAGUGUAAAUAAUACUAAUGUAGAUAGUUAGAACUGCUCCUUUAUCAUUGAGGGGCUCCCUUUGCCACAGAGCAUGCCCCUGUCCUUGGGUUUCAAACCUUGUGCCUCCUGUGGAAAGCCUAUGCCUGUGAGAAACCCACACUCCAGUUGUCUGAAGUGUCUGGGAGAGGCUCAGAUAAGAGAUUUGUCAGAAUCUUAAGCCUUGUAAGAAAAAAGACAGGCUAGACUGAGGACUAUCCUAAUGGAAGCUGUUCUAAGACCGGCUUUGGAGCCAAGCUGCUCAGAUUCGGCACUAUCCACUUUGGCCUUGGUGCUGUGUGUAUCCUGGCAACAUUCUCCAUCUCCGGUGUCAAAGAAGAAACAUAAAAAGCAGUGCUCCAAGAGAGGGUGUUUGCCAACACCAAAGAAAGCCAAGCAAGGAGAAGGCAGUGGAGUGUGACCCAGGUCGGGCCACUCCUCCACCCCCGGUUCCAUGGCAGAACCAUCAACUCUGCGCAGAACAUUGAGUCUAGUACGGGACUCUCUGCCGACACCAAGAAGUCAUUAUGGCACCAGCAGAAUCACAGAGCCUUCAACCCAGGAGGCCUUUGCAGCGGCCAGGGACUUAUCAUUCCCAGUACCGCUGACUCUGAUGGGACAACCACUGGCAACCAAAUGAGCAUGAGCCAGAAAAAGUAUAGUGAUCUGAGCUCCUUCCCAGCACUGGGAGCUUCCAUACCUUCCAUGGGCAAACUGACCAUGUUUUCUUCUACAAGGUCAUCCCUAUCCGGCACUGGUCCCCAGAUACUCGACACUGAUUGACAGAAGCGAGGGGUACCACUUUCCCAUGGUCACCUUGGCAGGACUCUUUGUCUGAGUUCAAGGUGGAGCCCUACAUCCAUCCCAAGAACCACCACUGGUAUCCAUCUUACAUGCCACCAGAUCCUGGUGCGGGUCCCCUCACUGGUGCCUGGUCAGGUGGACAGUGGCCUAAGCAAUGGCUGUUAUGGAACCCGUGGGGGCUUCCCCUGGUACCGGGUCCAUCAUCCCACUGGUCAUAGUCAGUUGCUUCUGAAAAGAGGGCCCCUGCACCGCUCCACUCAGCACUGGACCCUGAGUCCAAUACCGAACGUGGUAUCGAUACACAGGAUGUGGGCCCCAUGUAGGUAAUUGAGGCUGAAGAAGAGGAAGAAGCCCCCCACCCCCAGUACAAGCCUCUUCCUCCUCUGCCCCAGACGAGGCUGUCUCAGGACUGAGCGGCUUGCUGCCAUGUGAUGGCUUUAGAGCCCAUCAGAAGCUUCUAAAGAGGAUAGCGGCUAACCUGGGAUUAGGGGUUGAGGAGUUCAAGGAAUUGUCCUACAGCCUCAUUGACAUUCUGGCUGCAGCAGCACAAUCUCAGGUGGUCCUACCCAUUAAUGAGGCUGUAUUAGGUUGGUCAGAGCCCUGUGCAGACCCCAUCUUCUCUCCCUCCCACUUCAAAGCGGGCAUAGAAUAAAUACUCUUUGCCAGCCAAACUGUACGAGUACUUAUACUUUCUCACACACCCCUUCUGGGUCCCUAGUUUUAUUGGCGGCCAACGAGAGGGAUAGAUAGGGCCAAGCAAGUGCUACCCCCAAACAGAAGGACUCACAGAAACCGGAUCUGUUGGAAGAAAAAUGUAUUCAAACCAGCAAACCACUUGGGCUCCUUGUCCACAUUUAAAGACUCCGUGCCUCAGGACUUAAGGCAGGAAUUCUCUGCCCUCUUAGAAGAGGGAAAGAAAAUUGUCAGAGCCUCACUCCAGCCGGCACUGGAUGCAGCCAGUGUGGCGGUUGGGACAAUGGCCUUUGCAAUGGCCAUGAGGCAAUGCUCUUGGCUGCAGUCCUUGAGGCUACCUCAGGAGGUCCAGCAGUCAAUUCAGGACCUCCCUUUCAAAGGCUCCUUGUUUUUUUCAGAGCAAAUCGACACAAAGCUCGAUGGCCUGAAUGACUCAAGGGCUACCCUCAGGUCGCAGGGCCUCUAUGUUACGUCUACUUCAAGAAAGCAUUUCAGGCCUCAACAGCCAGUCCACUUUUUUGUUCCACCACCAAGAUACAGGACGUGUUCAAAUGAAGAAACAGAGGUUACAAGUGCCAUCAACUGCUUUCAUUCAUUUCAACCUCAAUACCAAGGCUGCAUAGGUACUCCAGUUCACCCAAGCAGGCCUUUUGAAGGUGUGCCCGAGGGCGCUAUACCAGUUCCCGCUUCGGAUCCUUCCUACCCUUUGUUUUUGGACUGACUUUCCAACUUCAGCCCAGCGUGAUCCCACAUCACAUCAGAUCGGUGGGUGUUAAAUACAUUGGUGUAUGGUUAGACACUUCAGUUUUCAUCCACCGUUCCUUCCCGCCCCCUAUCCUGUCCCUCUUCAGGGACCAUUCUCACAAGCAACUCCUAGACCAGGAGGUGCAGAUCCUCCUACGGGUGAGGGCUGUGGAAGAGAGACCUCAAAAAUUGAGAGGGAAAGGGUUUUACUCCCAAUAUUUGUUAAUCCCAAAGGCCAAAGGGGGCCUUCGUCCCAUCCUGGACCUGCGUCGCCUCAACAAUUAUCUCAAGAAACUGAGGUUCCACAUGGUCUGCCUGACCUCCAUCAUCCCCUUCUUGGAUUCAGGGGACUGGUAUGCUCCCCUCGACUUAAAAAAAGAUGCUUACUUUCACAUUUCCUUCUUCCUUGGCCUCAGAAAAUUCCUCAGGUGCAUAUUUAGGCCAUUUGAUCAAGAGGUUCCCAAUAUAUGUCCUUCCCCUGCAUUAUAAGCUUCUUUUAAUUUUCAUAGUACUCUAAAAUCCACAUGCAUAAUGAGAUUAUCUAAGAUAUUGGUACGCCACAACAGGGGCAAUGGUGCAAGUUUGGAGUAAUUUGGUUCAGGCGUUACUCAGAUACUAUCUCCUUUCCCCCCAAUAAGAAGAUUUUAAUAUUCCAGUUGCUCUAAAACUGACAUGCAUAGUGAGAUUACCUUGAAUAAUGGUAUUCCACAACUGAAACUGAGGUAGAGGGGAACUCCCAUUGAGAGGAAUGGAUCAUUUCACACCACCCAGAGCUAUUGUGUUAGACUGUUCAUCUCUUUGGAGAAUCCUAAUUCAUCUGAGUAUACCCCACUGAGGUGAAUGGUCCAUUCCACACAUGAACAGUACUCCUGUACUGCAGAGAGCUGUGCAGAGCCCCUUCGUUUACACUAGCUCCCUGAAGUAGAUACAAAGUCUGGGGCUCCCUGCUAUUCCUCUUGCUGCCUCCAGCUAGUAGAUGUGCUCCUCACAGCCCAUCAGUUACCAUCCUCCUUUCUUUCCAUGUCCCUUCCAGCCAUACUGGGGGCAUGGUGGGGCCAGGAGAGCUGGCAGCUAAAGUGGCAGAUCAUUCCCCUCCCACAGGUGCCCUCCAAUCAUGCCCCCUCACUAACACCUCUUCCUCAAGAAACAAGGGAAAUGAACAGCCCAAAAACAUGGUUAAUGCAGGCCUUGUUUACACUACAGUGCCUUUGCCAGUAUAGCUAUGUCAGCUAGACUCACCCCUGCUUAGUACCCUCUUCAAUUCAAGAAGUGUGUUUCAGAUUCUUACUGGCACUGCCAGUCUGACGUGCCUUCCCUGGCUUGUCAGAGUGGGUUUACAUCUGCUGGUGAACACAGCGCCACUCAUUAGACUGCUUCCCAGGCUGGUGACCCACCUGUGGUUCAUUAAUUUUAUACCAAUGUAACUCCACUGAUUUCAUUGGCGUCGCUCCUGAUUUACACUGCUACAAGUGCGGAGACAAUCAAGUGAGGCACUGACUCCAAGCACCCAUGGAAAAAAAUAGUGGGGAUGGUCAGCACCCACCAACCAAUCUGUUUUUGUGGAUACAGAUUAACACGGCUAUCCCCUCUGAUACUUGAUCCCACUAUACUGUCACCCAACAGACUUGAGAUGACACCAAGUUUGGGAGAGCAAUGUUACAGAAUGCAUGUCCAUGAACUCCGAGCCCACCUCCUUGGGUUCUGCUUGUGAGUCAUCUAACGUGGAAUGGACAUGAGCAAGCACUCAAAGAAGAAAAAACAGCUACUGAUCUUCCGUAACUGUUGUUCUUCGAGAUAUGUUGCUCAUGUCUGUUCCACAAUCCACCUUACUACCCCAGCACCAAAUGGUGCUAGAGCCCACUGAGGGAAAAAUCUCUGGCAACAGUACAUGUGGUGCAUGCAAACAGCUAACAUGUAAUGGACAUGAGUAACACAUCUCGAAGAACAACAGUUACAGAAGGUCAGUAAGCGUUUUUUUUUUCCCCAGGAGCUCAGUCGGACUGUGGAGAUGUCCAGGGGCUUGCCUCUAACAGCUGGAUGGGGACUGAUGGAGACUUUGCAUUCCUGUGCUUCUCCCUCCUGAUCAUUUUCACUUUAUAAAGUGAACAGUUCAAACCAGGGCCAAGUAAACUGCAAGUGUGUGUCUGGGUUCACAUUUGGGGACCCAUUCACACCUGGUAAUAAUAUAAUUUUGCCAUUCUAUCUCCUCUACCUGUGUUCUUGCUCAUACUUGUCUUUUAGGGACAGAUCAGCAGCAGUUCUCUUGUCACUCAUCCUUGGAUGAUUCUGCUCCCCAGCCUGGUCAUGGCUGUAGACUCAUUUAGUGACUUCUGGGUUUCCCCCAAGACAUCUUCCACUCGGUUCCCCAAGAAUUCAGUCUGACUCCAGUCUUGUCAUUCAGGUUUCUUUAUUUGGCAGCAAAGCUAUGCUGAGUUGAUCAGACUCAAGCGUAUGACAUGGGUAUAGGACAUACCACACAUCCAAUAAGUUACACAGCAAGCCUCUUCCUUUAUAUACAUUUACUAUACAUUGCAUCACACAUUUUGGGAUUGGCUUAGUCACUUUGUAGGAACCAGUCCCUGUACAACCAAGCUCUGUCCAUGCAUGACUGACUCUACCUAAUCUUCCAGGUUUAUCUUGCCCAUUGUAGAUGAUUCCCUAGGUGUUGCCCCUUAUCUUAGCUAGUACGGACAUUCUGCUUCCAUCCUGCUGAUCGAUUUACCUCCCUAAUCCUGUUUCCCAAGAAAUGAGGCCUCACCCAUGUCCAGUUACUCACAUCAAGGCAUGCCUACAUGGUGGAUUCCUAGUGAAAUUGUUAUUCUGAGGCUAUUUGCAUGAAGUAGCUACAGGCUGUCAGGCUUUCCCUAACAUAGCGAAGGGAUUGCCAGGCUCUCCGACUUAGGGUUGCCAUAGGGCAGCCAAAAUUUUUGGUACAGAGUCAGAAUUGGCCUGCCUGGGAGUCAGGCUGGCAAAGCCCCAUAGAAGGCUAUGCAGGCAAAGUGAGUGCUAAAGUGGUCUUUGAGGCUUACCAGUUCUCCCACAGUAGAAUUUUAGUUAGUUCAUAACAAAGUUUCAGAGCUCAGACAACGUGCAUAUACCCAUAGAAGUCCAGAGCACUUUAAACCAUUGGAAGACCAACGUUUAGUGAGAACCACAGGUUUUCCAUCAAUAUGUACCAUGGAGGGAGUGACUCCAUUAUAGUGGGGGUAUGUGAAAGGGUUGAACAGGAGGCAUCAUACAGGUGAAGCUCUCUCCCUUUUGCUCUGCAGAACCUAAUUUCUUGGCACCAGCACCAAGGUUUCCCGUUAGAAGUACAACUUUUCAAAGCAGAGCACGGAGAUUAACCCACUCAACUCCCCUUCAAGCUCAAUCACGCCCUGAUCCUGCAAAGGGCAGAUCCUUAAAAGAAACGACUAAGGGGGGAAAUUAUAGCGGUCUAUAAAAUCACGACUGAUGUGGAAAGUAAAUAAGGAAGUGUUAUUUACUCCUUCUCAUAACACAAAAACUAGGGGUCACCCAAUGAAAUUAAUAGGCAGCAGGUUUAAAACAAA